AUGCUCGGCAAUCGCGCCGGUGUGGAUGCUGUGAUCGCGGUGAGCGGAUUUGACUGGAGCCGGCUGCUGAAGCCUGAUCAGGCCCGCAUGCCCUUCUUUGCUGACAUGGCGCCAGAGAGCAGUGCAGCAAAUGAGCUCAAUAUUUCAAAUCCAAAUUCAAAAUGGGGCGGCCGGCCAGAGGCUACAGCGGUGGCAGCAGCGGAGGAAGUACUUCCCAAGGUUCUUGAGGUCCUCAAAACCCUGGCGCGCGAGGCGACGGGCGCUGAUUUGGCGCCAGAUCAGCCGCUGAUGUCAGCGGGGCUCGACUUGCUUGGCGCCGUAGAGCUCCGGAAUGGAGUGGCGUCCAGAUUUGGCGUCACCCUUCCUGCUACGGUCGCCUUCGACUACCCCACAAUCCAGGCAAUGGCUCGCUUUGUGGUGGACAGUAUGGUGCCAAGACAGGCGGCGGUCCCCGUCUCCCGCAGCGUGCCUCCAGCGCAGGACGUCCUCGUCAGUGUCCAGUCAGUUGUCGCUUCUGUACUCGGAGCGGAUGUUGCACCAGACCAGCCGCUCAUGCAGGCGGGUCUGGAUUCGUUGGGGGCAGUGGAGCUUCGAAAUGCGAUCGCGGCCAGAUUUGGCGUCGCACUGCCCGCCACGGUGGCGUUCGACUUCCCCACGGCUUCCGCGCUGGCCGGCUAUGUGCGCGGCGCGCUCACCCCUGCCGACCCUGUCCAACCACCUCAGGAUAAUAGACUCACAUUGGCAACAUCUGCUUCCACCACCUUCUCAACAGUCUGCGCCGUCGCGGCGCGAUACCCCCUGCCAUCGGCUUUGCAACCCCUGGACAGCGCCAGAUCAGGCGCGGAGCAGUUCUGGCACACCCUGUCUGCGGGGGCGAACCUGCCGGUCCCCGUCCCCGUCAGCAGAUGGGACAUCGAUGACGUGUACUCUCCUGAAGCCGCCGCCAAGAAAAUGUACGUGCGCUUCGGGUGUUUUGUGGAUAACGUGGCGCAGUUCGACGCGGGCGCCUUCCGGCUGGCUUCCGGGGAAGCUACCGCCAUGGACCCGCAGACCAGGCUCGCCCUUGAACAGACGCAGGAAUGCAUGCAUGCGGCAAGCGGUGAUUUGGAAUCAGAGGCUGCGGCCACUGGCGUCUACUUUGGGUGCAUGUACACUGAAUACCUGGAUGCCAUACUGGGCCCAAGCGGGGUUGCGGACUCGAACUCAGCGGCAAUCACGGGCCAUGGCCUCAGCUUCUUAGUGGGACGGAUCUCUUACACCUUCGGCCUCAGCGGCCCCUGUGUCUCCACUGACACUGCAUGCUCCUCCUCGCUCGUGGCCCUGCACAUGGCUCACCAGGGGUUGCUGGGCGGUGAAACAACGGCCGCGGCGGCCGGGGGCGUCAACGCUCUGUCCCCCGUGGGUCGCUGCAAGACAUUUGACGCCUCCGGAGACGGGUACGGACGCGGCGAGGGUUUCACUGUUGCCUAUUUAAGGAGCGGUGCAAGCGCUGCAAAGGGCAACACAAUGGCGAUGAUGCGCGCAUCUGCAAUCAAUCAGGACGGCCGAUCUAGCAGCCUCACUGCCCCCAACGGCCCAUCACAGCAGGCACUGGUGAGUACGUGUCUGGCAAGUGCCAGUCUAGGUGCGGAAGCUGUCCGGUAUGUGGCGGUGCAUGGGACAGGAACGCCCCUGGGCGACCCCAUCGAGGUCGGCGCGCUCGGCAGCGCGCUCGGCCAAUCCUCCCGGAGCCGUGGUCUUGUAAUAGGAUCCAACAAGGCCUGCUACGGGCAUACGGAGGGCACAGCUGGAAUUACGGGUGCGCUGCUGGCGGUUACGGCGCUGCGCCGAUCCGCGGCCGCGCCGAUCGUGAACCUGCGGUCCGUAAAUCUGUACGUGACAGCCGCCCUGUCUGACUGGCGUUCCCUCAAGAGCCUGCACGCGCACGCCCCCCGCCAGCUAGCACCUGCGUCUUCGCUCAUGGCUGGGGAUGACUCAUCUCCAGUUGCGGCGGGAACGUCGUCCUUCGGCAUGAGCGGCGUCAAUGCGCACGCCGUCUUUAGCGUGCCAACGUUAGCCUUAGCAGCCGCUGAGUCACCGGCUGAGUCACCGUGCGGCCCGAUCUGGCAACGCUCGCGGCAUUGGCCGGCCCCGGCCGCACACCGGCUUCUCCGCAGCUUCGCCCUUGAAGCCGCUGGGGGGACCUGCGUUUUCGCGUGCGACCUGUCUGGGCCAAAUCUGGCGUACCUCCAUGACCACCAGGUCAUGGGGCGAGCGCUGUUACCAGGCGCAGGCCUCUUUGAGUUUGCAGCUGCCGCCGCAGCUGCACUGGCCGCUGCCAGUUCAGGCGCAAUGCCAGUUUUGGCCGGAGCUUCCAUUACCGCCCCCUGCCGCUUGGGGGUCGGCAGCGCUACCCAAAAGCUGACAUGCACAGUGCAUCCACGGCAAGGCACUGUGCAGCUGGCCAGCGACCAGGUCCACCUCAGCGGAGUGCUGACUCAGAUGCUGCCUGCUGAAUCAGCGCAUGCAGCCGCUGCUGUGACUCAAAUAACACAUCUCACUGGAAUUCUUCUUCCUCUGCGGUCGGCACAACUACCUGGGCCGAUGAGUAAACGCCAGGCGGCAGCCAACUGGGCGGCUCAGGCAUUGCCUAAACAGGAUGCCGCCGGCUACGGGGUCCACCCAGCACUGGGGGACGCAUGCAUCCAUCUCGCGGCGGUGCCUCCUGCCGGAGAGCCCAUUCAGUGUGUCAGGGUGCCGGUAGCCGUGGGCGCCAGAACAGGAUCUGUCCAUGCGGAGGGAACGUCGUCGGGUUUUUGCGUGGCGCAACCGGACGGAGGGAACGCCGAAAACUCCACGCUCAACCACAUGCACUGGAUCUUGAAUCUGCUAGCCAAGGUGAUGCCAGCAGCGAAAAAGGCAAAGCCGGCUCUGGCAGCGGCAAACAUCAGCUAUCAGUCCUUGCUGGCAGGCGCUAAGGGCGGAGGCAGGAUAACUCUGGCUACAAGAGGUGGAAGGAGCGGGGACCAGAGCAGUGAAAACUGUGGAGCGCCCUCCUCUGCAGGCCUCUCUGCUGCCCCUGCAUGGGCGCUGCUGAAGGUAGCGGCGGCUGAGAUGGGCGGCCGGGAGUGGCAGAUGGGGGGGCACAGCGGGGACGGGGGAACCUCAACGCCUGAUCAGGUGGCAGCUUCGUUUUCGGACAUCCACGGACCGGAGCUUAAGAGCAGGCUGUGGUCUGUACCCAGGCUGCUGCCAGUUUCAUCCACCCCUCCAGCCGCCACUUUUGGCUCGCCUCCAUGCAAUGUUAUUGUGUCCGGUGGGUUGGGAGCGCUGGGCUCUCUUGUGGCAGCGUGGCUGUCAGCGCAUAAUUCGAAUUCUCACGCGCCUAAUCUGACAUUGCUGGGUAGAUCCGGGAGGGUGGCUGACCCGCACACCCUCAGCAUCUUAGCUGAGUGCCAGAACCAGGCCUUGGUCACGAUGACUAAGUGUGACGUGGCGCUUGCCAGCGACGCGAAGGCCAUGGUGUCAGGGAAUACUUUAUCCGGUUGCCCUGCCAUCGACUGCAUCAUCCAUGCAGGCGGCGUUCUGAAGGACGCUGUGCUGGCGAAUCAGAGCGCGGAAAGCAUGCGGCAAUCAUUUGCAGUCAAGGCAGCCGGAGCCGCUCAGCUGGGUGGAAGAUCAAGCGGAUUGUUUCCCUUGACAACAAACAUAGCGUUUUCAUCCAUCGCCGGGCUGUUAGGAUCUGCCGGGCAGGGGAAUUACGCGGCUGCCAACGCCGUCCUAGACGAGUGGUCCUCAUUGCAAAGCAGCCAGGGCAUCAACUCGGUAAGCCUGCAAUGGGGCGCAUGGGGCGGGGCCGGAAUGGCAGCGCACGAUAACACGAUCCUCAGCCGAUUGGAAAGAGUCGGCCUCGGCGCCAUCCGACCUGCGGAAGGCCUCGCUGCUCUGCAGCAGGCGCUGUCAGGGAACGCCACUUCACAGAUGGCGGGUGCGGUCUUCAAGUGGGAGCGGCUGCUUGCGGGAGAGCGCGCAUCAAUGCCAUUCUACGCAGAAUUUGCCGAGAAGCUGCAGCUGCCGGUGCCUGAAGCCCAAAAGGCUUUGAACGCUGUGGCACACAGUGAUGCCUCUAAGACCCUUGCAGCGGUGAAGUCAGCGGAACAAGCUGUCCAAGGGGAAGAAAACGAGGGCCGCGACGAUAACCUCCCUGAGUGGGCGGGCAUGCAGCCGGCAGAGCGUGCCGACUGGGUCCGCGGGGCAAUCUCACAAGCCGUCAUAGCCAUUCUGGGCCGGACUGUUGGGCCAGAGGAGCCUCUCAUGAGCGCCGGGCUUGACUCGCUAGGCGCUGUGGAGUUGAGGAAAGAGCUUUCUCGCGUAACCACCCUGGACCUCCCGGCGACUCUCGUUUUUGACUACCCUUCCACGGAUGAGCUGGCGGCGGCAUUAGUCACCAUGCUACCGGUGCCAGAACAGGCGCGGCCACCUAUUGCCAAAUCAGGCCGCGGCAAGGCGAGGGGCAACGAACCGAUGGCAAGGGUUGCCAAUGUUAAAAGUGCGGAGCCGCCCCGGCAGAUCAAGGCGUGGCGGCCGCCGCAGAGGGAUGACAUCACGGCUCAGGUGUUGGCAGCAGUCAAGACGGUGCUGGGCGCUGAUGUCAGCGCUGAGGCGUCGCUGAUGUCAGCGGGACUCGACUCCCUGGGCGCCGUGGAGCUCCGUAAGGAGCUGGCUUCCGUUACGGGCCUCGACCUGCCCACCACCCUGAUCUUCGACUACCCCACUACGGAGUCUAUUACGGAUCUCAUAUUAGACAUGCUCCCAUCUGCGCCCGCUGCAGAUGUCACAGGGUCGGAGGUGACAUCAGCAAAGGGGCUGCAAGAAGGGGCACCAGUGCUUAAAAGGAGUGGCAAGGGAAGACACGGGCGGGAAAUGACGGACAGCGCUGCAGAAUUUGAACGGCCAAUACAGGCCGCACACGACGCCGGCGGCCUCAUAGUCAUGGUUCCUGACCUAGACGACGAUGUGCGGGGAUCUGACCAGCGGCGGCUUAGGCGGCCGCCGCCGGUGAACCCCGGUGCGCCGCGACUGACUAAGGAUGACUACUUCACCGCCGUAGAGCGUUUUGUGGUGGGAAGAAAGGACGUGGGAGAGGUCGCCUUCAUCGACGCAGUGGAUUUGCGCGGGGUGGACUUGGACGCUGUCGUAGACAUGGACAAGGGGCGCAUACAGGUUUAUGGCCUGCCCGGCGGGUCCCCCCGGCCGCCGGCCGGCGAGGGCCUAAAUAGGCCCGCGCUGCUCACCUUCAGGCGCAUGCUCGUGAAGCAGAAGGACGAGAAAUGCGUGGCCAAGUUCACAGCCAAGCUGUCGAAUCAUGCACGCAAGCUGGGCGGUGUUUUCGUACACUACGACGCUGACGCCGGCAACUGGAUCAUGAAGGUUGACCAUUUUUGA